AUGGAUAGUAAUGAAGAUGAUCUAUCAAUUUAUAAUCAACCUUCAUCUCUUCUUUCAUCAUCCUUAGCAAAUGUUCAUCGAAAUGGAGCACGUCGUCGUUUAGCAAUUAUUUUUAUUGAAAUAUUUAAAUUAUUAGCUACAUCAUCUGUCAAUGGUGGUCGAUUUGAUAUUCAACGACAAAAUCGUAUUCUCUUAUUUCCUUCUUAUGCUGGUCAAUUAAUUCAUUUUGAAUCUGAUAUAUAUGGUUUAAGUUGUCUUACGCUUGCUUCAAUUAUUCUUAUUAAUCCUAAUAUAAUUCAUCGUCGAAUAUCACUUUUAAUUGAUGCUCUUAAACUUGCAGCCAAUCAUUUUGUUAAAGCAAAUCUUUCUUUUGAUACACCAUCGAUAUUUGCUCUUUCUAUUUAUUCAUUAUUCUAUUUAUUGUGUUUAUUAUAUCCUAAUAAUCUUCGUCAUGAAUUUCAACCAGAAUCUAUACAAUCGAUUAAUAGCAAUGAAAAACCAACUAAUCGAUUGGGUAUUGAACGAGUUU